UUAUUAUGUAAUUAUAAUCUAAUUAAAAAUUCAUAAUUCCCCUCCUCCCCCUUCCCCCUCCCUUCCUUCCCUUGCACCCCAAUUUGGGGGGUAAGCCGAAACAGUGAAUUUACGCUCACGUUUUGCACCCCCCUACUAUUACAAAAUAACCAAACGGGGGUAAACACCUUGGAACUUGUGUUUACCCCUCCAAACUUGCACCCCCUUCCAUUUACACCCUUUCCCAAACAUAGUGUUAAACUCUUCCAAAUACAAUCUAGAGAUUCAAAAAAUUCUGAAAAAUUACCGCCACUCAGAAGGCAUGGGCCAGCCAGCCGAAAGUUGAGUCCAGUUUUGUUUUAUAUUAGUGAAAGAGCCCAGCUCGGAAGCCCACUCUCCAGUCCACUGUGUGUCCGCCAGCUGUAAAUCUUCCGAGUCAGUGGAAAAUUGACCGAGCGGGUCGGAACAAAAACCCAGGCAAGCAGCUCAGCUUAGCUCACUGCCCAAACAGAAGAAACCUCGCACGGGGUUUAAGAGCAGAGGUAGGAAAAAUAGAAGUUAAAACCUUUUCCCCUUUCCGCCGGCGACUCCAACCAUGGACACGGUGAGGCUCCGAUUAACAUUCGACAAAGCUCUAUCAGACUCCCUUGAGAAGACAGAUGGAUUGAAACGUUUCUGGGUUCUCCUAAACCCUCAGCACAAAACCAUCUCCGAUCUCUCUCAUUACCUUCUCGACGCUUUCGACCUCCACAAUGCAUGCCCCGACGGCCUUCUCCUCUCGAUGGAAGGGUUCUUUCUACCGCCAUUCGAGUCUACUAGUGUGUUGAAGGACAGAGAUAUUGUUAGGGUUAAGAGGAAAAGUGGCGAGAUUAUCAAGUUGGGUCAUAAUGGGCAAGAAAGGGCUGAUUUGGGAAUGUUGGAAUUUGUGGGUCAUCGGUCUUUAGCUGUUGCUGUAGCUCCAAUGAAGCUUCUGGCGAAUGAAGAAUUUGAGAAGGAAACUGGUGGCUAUGAGAGUGAUGAACCAGAAGAGGAGGACGAUGCUGAGCUGGAGGAUAUAUUGCAUGUGGAGGAAAAAACCCCAGAAAUGAAGAAGGUUUCGAAGAAGAGGAAGGCCUCCGAGGAACCUGAGAGCUCGAAGAAGAAGAAGAGGAAGAAGAAAUCUUUUAGUACUGAGAAAUGUGGAGAUGUUAUUGAUGAUUCUGAAAACAAUAUCGAUGCUCGAAAGGACACAAAAUCCUAUGUUGCUGCUGAUAAGAAGAAGGUUAAGAAAGAUCGUAAGGCGAGUGAUGGCACUCCAAAUGCGAAGAAAUCAAGUGAGCCUAAAGGUUGCUGUUCUGAUCAUGUCGAUGCCUCGUGUCCACCUUCUGAAACUAAAAAGCUCCCAAGUAGAAGUGCUCGACGUAAGAAGGCCAAGAGACAAUGGUUGAGGGAGUUAAGAAGAGCUGAAAAGAAAGAAGAAGAGGAGAAGCAAUUGUCUUCAAAACCUAACCAGAAAGCUAGUCAAAAGAAGAAGCACAAAGCAAUUGAGAAACCAGCUGACAAACAAAAGCACUCUUUGGUGGAAGAACUUCCUAACAAGGGUGAUAGCACAAAUGUUCAGGCGGAAAAUCAACAAUCAGGUCAAGUUGGUGAUAAAGAUGAUGAGGUUGUACCAGUAGUGAUAAGACCAGGACAUAUUCGUUUUGAGCCACUGCAGAAAGGUAGUGCUGAUCAGUCUGUCCAACAAAAUCUAACUCUGCUAGAAACCUCUCAGUGGAAUGGGAUGAGCAAAAAGAAAGGUCAAAAAUGGGGUUCACAGAAAAGUACGUCAUGGCAAUGGAAUGAUAAUGGAAAAUCCAGUCAUAAACCUUCUGAAACAUGGAAGGAUAACACAAAUUCCAGCCACAAACCUUCCGAAACAUGGAAUCACGAUGCCAAUUCCAGCCACAAACCUUCUGAAACACGACCAGUCGAAAAAGAACCAGCUCCCUUUUACAAUCAGAUCGACUUUGAUAAGCUUUCAGCUUAUGCACACUCGCCCAAGGAAGGGGACAUUAUUGCUUAUCGGCUCAUUCAGCUAUCGUCAUCCUGGACUCCAGAGCUUUCAACAUACUUAGUAGGGAGGAUAUCGAAGUUCAACCCUCAAACCAACAAGAUCAAGCUGGUCCCAGUUCCGAAUUAUCCUUUGAUCCCUGAUAACAAAUUACAGGAUGAAGAAUCCGAGGUGCUUCCAGAAACUUGUUCUUUGCAAGAAGAUGGAUCUCUAGUGAUGGAUUUUACUUCACUUCUGGAAGUCCGCGCUGUGAACCCUAGCAGCACUGACUCAGCAAAGGCCACUCUUGUCAAUGAGGCCUCUCCAAAUAAAGUUCAAUGUACACCAGAAAAUGGCACGAAAAAUCAUACUUCUAGUCAAGAACAAAGAGAAGCAACAAAGAAUCCGUGGGAUGAGAUCAGCCAAGCCUUGAGUGCAAAGAAAGCAGAAUUGUCACAGGAGGAUAAUAACUGGACAGUAACAGAGAGCUCGGGCAGAAACCAAUGGAGUUUCAAGGCGUUGAGAGGCAGUGCUCUAGGUCCGACUAUGGCUCUAUUAAGAUCUCAGAAUGGAAUAUGAAGCUUCAUAGUUUGUCUGCGAAAUGGGAAAUGGACAAGAACUCAUCUUUUGUAAAGCCCCUACCUAAAGCCAACUUAUAUCUGCUCCAAAAUUUUGUUGCUGUUUUGUGCCUUUCAUGGCAAAGGUCACAUCUAUAGCUUGACAUAGAACUGUAAAAGUUAAGGAACAA